AUGUAUGGAUCAGAAACAUGGACAAUGAAAAAAGAAGAUGAGAACAGGCUCCUUACCUUCGAAAUGAUCUGCCUCCGAAAAAUAUUGGGUGUUACGAGACUAGAUAAAAUAAGAAACACAACAAUUCGGAAGACUCUAGAACUGGAUGAAACCAUUCUGGACAAGAUAGCCAAAAAACGACUGCGAUUCUUUGGCCACGUCAACAGGAUGAGACCAUCACGAUACCCAAAGAUACUCCUAACUUCAAAUAUUUAUGGUGAUAGACCCCGGGGCAGACCAGCCAAGAAAUGGCUUGAUUAUGUAAAGGCUGAUUGUGCUAAUAGAUGUCUGGGAUCCCUCACAGAAGCGACCAGAACGUCACAAGAUAGGAAGAUCUGGCUUGAGGUCAUGAAGCAGAAGCCAUCACACAUCUCCCAGAUGGUGCGGAAGGCUUAG